AGCGAGGAGGAGCAGGCUCGUGGGUGCGUUCGGCUGCGUCGGGGAGAGCGGCUUCUGCUGAUGAGUGUGGCGAACUCCUCGAUGCCCGGGUCGGCGCCCCGGCGGGCAUUCUGACGCCGCUCGACAUCCCAAGGUGGCGCGACCCUCAGUGCCACCAGAACCGCAGAGUUUCAGGUUGUCAGCGGGGAAAGCUGCACUGUUUUAGAGCCACCUUGGUGCGGUCUUGAACUUCAAGAAAAGAUGUGGAGUGGGCUGUUACCUCCUGGGCUAACUGAAAGCGAUGUUGAGUCAGAUUCUGAAGAUGAAGCCGCACUAGAGAAUCCAGAACUUCCAGAAUUUAAUUUACAGAAAGAUGGAAAGACUGACAGCAGUAGGAAGCCAAGAAUGUCAGAUUUCCCAGCAGGCAAGCCAAUGGAAACAGAGGCUGAUGCAAAUGCAUAUGAGAAGUGUCCUUCUGGAAUUCCCUUGGACAUGUGGAAUAAAUUUCAAGAAUUGCAUAAAAGACAUUCUGAACAGAAAAAUUCAACAUCAAGAUUCAAACAGAAAAAAAGAAAACGCUCCAAAAAAGGCAAAUUGAAGAAUGAAAAUGAAUCUCACAGUGAACAGUCCUCAAGUGAAACACAGUGGAAGGAGCUUACUCAGUAUUUUGGAGCCAAUGAUAGAUUUGAACCACCAGUUAAGCAGAAAAAAGUUGAGAAAUCAGGCCUUGAAAAGAGGAUAGACCAGGCUGUGGAGGAAUGGGAUGUUGAGAAGGCUGAAGAGCUCAGCAACCAGCUAGCUACUCGAGAGCUUGGUGUAAAAAUUGCCAAAGCAAUUGCCUGCCACAAGUUUGUUAAAGCCAAAAAGGAGGCUGAAAACUCACAGGCUGCUCGAAAGAAGAAGAAACUGGCAUGGGGGUUUGAAGCAAAGAAGAGAUGGGAAACUAAAAGCAACAUGGGAUACAUGUAGCCUCGCAGAGUUCUUCAGGACGUUUAUGAUAGGCCGGCAUGCUUCAUUUGCCAAAAAGAUUUCCCUGCUUAGGCUUAAAAUGUCAGAAAAUUGAUAAGGGUAGAAAAAGAUAAGCCUGAAACUUGGGAGCUGAUUAUAAAUUCUUUUCAGUCUUUUUUCUAAGAAGUUUGUAAAGGAAAUGAGCAUUUUUAUAUUUGUGUAAGAAAUUUUAAGCAUAUGUACAAGAAAGAUGGGAAGGGUUUUAUUUAUUUGUAUAAACCUACAGUUUAAAACCAAUUUUGUGUUUCUUCUAUUAGGUCUAGCAUAGCCUGUGAGGUCCUUGUACUUCCUUAUCUGUUCUUAACAUGACUGUACUUUUUCUAGACUUGUGUUUUUCAGAUUGGCUUUUGUUUAUAAUAGAUUAGUCAUAAAUAUAAAAAUUCUCAAUUGUUACUGACUUUACCAAUGACUUUAAUUACUUCAAUGUUAUAAGAAUAAUUAUUGAUUCUUUAUGGAGGCAGUAGAAUUAAUAUUUUGUAGUCACAUAGUAAAAGCUAUUGGUUAAUUUUUGUGUAAUGUCAGUGGACAUAAUUACAGUAAAAUGGUAAAAAACAACACAGACAGAAGGUCUUCCCAAUCCAGUAAAAAAGUGGACAUAACAUAUAUGGAGAAUUAUUUAAAUUCAGCUUUGCCUAGAAAAUAUCUUUCUAAAUAUUUCUCAACCGUGUCAUUUUUUAGAUUAUGAUUGUUCUUUGGAACGGAAAUGGUCUGAUUGUGGUAGACAGAUCAUUGUAACUGAGGAUAUAACUUUGGAUUGUCUAACAACUCAUUUGUUUUUACCUCUUCCUCUGCCACUUUAAAGAUGAAAUGAGUUAAUGAGACUAAAGAGAGAACUAAUACCUGGGAAGCCAUUGUCCUUCGGUAUGUGUUUUACAGUCCUAAUGGAAAUUCGUCAUUUGAUAACUGGCAAGACUAAAUGUGGACACUGAAAAAUUAGUCAUGAUUAUAAUUACAUUAUUUUUAGAUAUAGAGCAGUAACAAUUUCAUUAACUUAUGGCAAUAUGUAAGUUUUCUUUAUAUAAAGAAUUAGUGAAUAAUUUGUUGCUCAUUAAGAGUCCAAAUGUCACCGAGUGGUAAUGGCACACACUUUUAAUCCCAGUACUCAGGAGGCAGAGGCAGGUGGAUCUCUGUGAGUUUGAGGCCAGCCUGUUCUACAGAGUGAGCUCCAGGACAGUCAAGGCUACAGAAAGAAACCCUAUCUAAAACAACAGCAACAAUAAAUUUAAGAGAGAGAGAGAGAGAGAGAGAGAGAGAGAGAGAGAGAGAGACCAAAUGUCAACUCUUGUUGAUUCCAUUUAGUUGAGAACUGAGAUCUAGGAGAUUGGAUAUCCACUGACUUGUCUUCAUACCUUUGAAAGGUGUCCAAUUAAAAUGUUCCUGAGUACUGUGUACUUCGAGUGAGUGAAUGUAUGCUUCACAGGGCAGGAAUAUUUCCCCCGAAGUUUCUAGAGUUUCUGGUUUUGUAUGUAAGGUCCUCGGAAUAUGCGUUCCCCUUGGGCCCCCACCUCAGUUUUGUCUGUCCUUACAUUCACCAAGGCUGGUACUUUUGCCAGCAUGUUUCCCUUCUCAGACCUUGGCGGAACGUUUUUCGUCAGGAUCAGAUUGUGGAGCCUCUGACUUCUCCGUCAAAUCAGCAAGGCCCUGCUCACCCACACCAGUGCCAGCAGUUUGCCCCUGUUUAAAAUUUAUUUAUUCCCCUUUUAUAUGUGUGGGGUGUUCUGCCUGCAUGUAUGUCUCUGUACCAUGUGCUUGUCUGAUACCUAUGGAGGGCAAAAUAGAGGCGUCAUAUCCCCUGGAAAUGGAGUUGUAGAUAGUUGUGAGAUACCAUGUGGAUGUUUGGAUCCUCUGGCGGAGCAGCCAGUGCUCUUACAGCUAGAGCUUAACUGAGUGAAGAAUAGUCAGGAGGGAAGGCGGUCAGAGAAGAGGACUCGGCUCCCUACUUGUGUGGACGUGGAUUGUGGAUGUGGUGCUGUGGGUUAGAAUAGAAAGGAGGCUUGGUGAGAAAGCAGCACAGUGCUUUUGCUGUAUCUGCUUGUCUCUUAUUUGGUAUUAGUUUUAUUUGGGAUGAGCUUUAAUUUAACUUAGAUACUUUAUUUCUUAGAACAAUAAAAUGAUAGCAUUAUUCCCAGAGUAUCGGUGUUGCCCAAGGCAUGUAGUCAUAGCUACAUUGAAAUAAAGGUUCUUUGUGAACCAGUAAUAACUAUGGUUCCUGAAGCUUCAACUUGUUCAUUUACUACCUCCAGAAUGCUUGAAUUAGAUUAGUAAUGUGAUUGUCAGUUCCUGCUGAGUGAGAUUAAUAUGUUUUAGACCAUUGGUAUGGCAUUAAUGUAACAUGAUUUAUUGUCUAAGUACUUCAGGUCAGAACAACUUACUGAGGAACAGUAAUUUUCAGCUUUUACUGCACUGGUUUUGAGAAGUAAAGUUGGUAGUGCAUUCUUGUUUAGGAGCCCUCGGGAUGUUUCUGAUUUCAGCAGAACAUUCUAUUUCUUUCACCAAAAGGAGAGUUUGAAUAUGUAAUCUCAAGCUGGCUAUAAUUAGUUCUGAUGACAGUUAAAUGCCUCAGCCAAGACUGUAAAUCAGCAGUUAAACUCUGAUUUUUGCAACUGAUCAUAAAUCUCAAGCACUGUAUUUUGGGGCAGGCAAAUAAAGGAGGGGCAGACCUCAGACAGAGAUAAAAUGUCAUUGGGACAUUUGGGUGCAGCUGUAAACCUCAUACUUCAAAUCUCAUAUGGCUUACACCUUUUGUCUAAACUAUCUUUGACGUCCUUUAGUAGCUUAGGUUAUUAACAACCAAUGAAAAAGUGGAAUCCUCCGUGUGGGGGUGUGUGGUGGUGUGUGUGUGUCGUGUGCUGGUGCAACACUUCCCCCUCGUUUGAGUUGGGACCUCAUUCAGCCUGGAGUGAGCCUGGAGUCCAUCCAGCUUUGUCCUUGUCUCUGCAGCCCCGGCUCUGGGGUUAGAGACCUGUCUGUGGCCAUCCUUGUUUUUUUACAUGAGUUUGGGGAUCCAAUCUCAGUUCUGUUAUCCUCCAAGUCCUCUCCCCAUGACUUUGUUAGGGAAAGAUGAAUGCUAUGUGUUUGGAAAUAUAUAUACUUAAUAACUAAAUACAUUAUACAAGGCUGAGUUUUCAAUCAGGUGGUAAUUUUUUUGUUGUGAUUUUUUAAUCAAUAAUAAAGUUUGGGAAAAUAAA